AUGACUUCCUCAGACACCGCAAACGCCCUCAAGACUCUGAGAGAGCACUAUGACAGCGCUACCAUGGAAGCUCAGAUGCUGUACGCUUCAAAGACUAUGAUGCCACACCUAAUCAAGCCUCUUCCUACACAAAUGGGGAUAUCUGAAAAGACCUCGAUGCCUGUGAAGUUUCUGGAUAAUGCUUGUGGAAGUGGUGUCUUGACACAUGCGGUCCAGCAGGCUUUGCCUAAGGAUAUCCUUGAGAAGAGCACGUUUUUAUGUGCUGAUGCUUCGGAUGGUAUGGUCAGUGUGGCUAAGAAGAGGCUUGAUACAGAAGGAUGGGUCAAUACGGAAAUUAAGAAGCUGGAUGCGACGAACACUGGACUCCCCGAGAAUUCUUUCACGCAUGUUGGUCUUGGUCUAGCACUCCAUGUCAUCCCUGAUCCGAAUGCUGUUCUUGCUGACGCCAAACGCAUCCUCAAGUCAGGAGGUAUCUUCGGCGCAACAACAUUCCACAAAGACAACACAUUCUGGCUCCCCGAUAUACGCACAGCAUUCGCGUCAUUCCCCUUUGAAGCCAAACUCCCCGAAGUCAUGAAGAUGCAAAUGCACGAUCAAGGCGACUGGACAAACCCCGCAUGGAUCGAAGAACACUUAAAGAAAGAAGGGUUUCAAGAUGUGAAAGUGACUGCGCACGAUGACAGUUACACUAUUGAAAGUGCGGAGGAUUAUAUUCUGCAGUUUGGCAUGAUGCUGGGCUGGUUGAUGAAGACUUGGUGGAGUGAGGAAGUGCAGAGGGAGCAUUCGCUGGAGGAGGUUAAGGAGUUGUUGAGGAGGCAUUUGGUGGAGAAGCAUGAGGGCAAGGGAUGGGGUAUUGAGUUCAAGGUGAUUUGUAUGACUGGGCGAGUUGAGUAA